AUGAUAGCAAAUUGCUGCAAGGAAGGAGAAGAGGCUGUGGUUAGUUGCCACUACCACCACUCUGAUCCUGGGGAUAUAAGCCAUGGUGGGAGUGUCAAUCCCUGCCAUAAUCUACCCCUCAAGCCAACUGUGAAGUGCCACCUGGAGACCCUGAGGCUUGGUGUCAAUCUGUGUUGGGGUGUGAAGGAGUUCAUUGAUGCAGGGCUUGGCAUGGUAACAAAGUGGAAGCUGCUUUCUAUUUUUGGUAUCUAUAGCUUGUGUCUGCCUGGGAGUGCACUGUGUUCUGGACCCCGGUACAAUGUGCUCCCUGAAAAUGAAAAGCAUGGUGCUUCGAGAGCGCCGCAGUCACCUCAAAUUUGCCUCAAAAUGUUCCCCACAUCUGGACCUGCUUUCGUGACUUUCCCCACCACAACUAUACAGCACUACGAGGCUGGAGGAACCAACCAACAAUAUCUUGACAUCCUUCACGAGGAAAAAUUCCCCGGCCUCUUCACCAAUAUCUUGACAAGCAUUUUGCUCAAAAGUCAGUCAAUCGAAGAGACAGUGACCGCAAACCUACGCGCAGUGCGCUCAGUUACGAGCCUACACAAUCUCUGCAAGUCCCAGAGCCAUUGGCUUUCCGUGAGACACGAGAAUAGGGUUUAUGCUGGAUGCUUUGGCAUCCCAACCUGUCCGAAGACCGAGGCAGAUAUUGCCCGCAUCUGGGAGCAGAUUGUCGGAUUCCAACAUGAUGAUGCUCAACCCUUAUGUGAAGCUGUGCACAAGGCUUAUCAGGUCCGUGUCCUCAAGCAAUGCAAAGCAUUGCCUAGGAGAGCUGCUGAGGAGGUGAAGGAUGUACUGCAUGAAGUUUGCACACUGUUCCCUCCUACCACUUGCUCCUCUUCCAUUACACCUGCCCUUGCCAUGCACCCAGUCACUCUCAGCUUCUCCUGUGCAUGUUUUGAGACUGCACUGGCCAAAGCCAUCCAAGAGGGAGACAUUGCAAGACAUACUCUGGAAGCCUCCCUCACCAAAUCUCCCAUUGCAGAUGAUGAUGAUGCCAAGAGCCUGUAUAAAAUGGGUAUCUCUGGUGUGUUGCCAAACCUCAUGGGACAGGUUGCUACUGGUAUCACCAAUGGUAAUAUCAAAGACUACAAAAGACUCAUGAAGGUGUUUGGGCAAUUCAUCCAAGAGGGCAAAUACCUACCAAGUAACAUCCCCCAUUUGGGGCCCAUCCUUCCUGCAAUCAUCCCACAACUGAUUUGCAUGUGGAUUUUUGUUGUUAUCAGCCAGCUAUUACAAAUGACCCAUCCAGGGAGCAUAGCAUUUCUGCCAACACCAUCAACCUUAGUAGUAGCUCAAACAAGACACACAUUGUUGUCAGGAUGGUUACCAACAGGGCUGCUCACUUUCAAAGCCUUGCUGAUGAGGUGCUGCAGAGCAGUCAGCACCCCUGUCUGGGAUAGUGAUGGAAGCCCUGAGAUGCCCCAAGCUGAGAAAGCAGUCCUUGAAGCUGGAGCACGAGACCAACUUGAAGAUGCAGAUGGCUGGUAUUGA